AUGGCGAGCUUCGCUUCACAAAUAUCUUUUCUUUUGUUGUUUCUGUUAUUUGCAACAACAUUAAACAGGGUAAUCAGUUGCGAUGAAAAUGAUCAAAGUCUGCUUUUCAUCUUCAAACAAGGAGUGGUCGAUCCAACCAACCAACUCUCAUCUUGGAGUGUUGAAAAAGACUGCUGUUUAUGGGAGGGAGUUCACUGCCACAACAUCACCGGAAGAGUCACAGAGCUUUCUCUCUUCAAUCAUUCAUUAGGAGGUGAGAUUAAUCUGUGUGUGCUUCAACUUGAAUUUCUCAACCACUUGGAUUUGAGCUGGAAUGACUUCAAAACUGUGAGUAUGCCACCACGCCAAAUCUCCAAAUCUCCCUUUGAUGCUCACAAUUUUCACAACCAAUCACUUGCUACUCCUUCCAAUCACUCUGCAAGUUUCUCUGUUGCUCUGCGUUAUCUGAACUUUUCAUAUAAUCAUGGUUUAGCCAUAAAUGACCUUCAUUGGCUUUCUCAACUUUCUUCCUUAAAAUAUCUUGACCUUAGUGACAGUGGUAUUGGAGAUGAUACCAAAUGGCUCCAGCAUAUAGCCAUGCUUCCUUCACUCUCUGAGUUACACUUGAGUCAAUGUGGAUUAAGAAAUUUUCCUUCCCUCGAUUAUGCCAAUUUUACAUCACUUGAAGUUCUUGAUCUUUCUUUCAACUAUCACAUGAUGAAGUCAAAAUUACCUAAUUCAUUCUUUAAUAUCUCCAAUCACAUCUAUGAUCUCGAACUUAGUGAGUGCAAUUUCUAUGGACAAUUGCCGAAGUCUUUGCUCAAUCUUCAAAAUCUCAAGUAUUUAGAUUUAGGGUAUAAUAAUUUUGAAGGAUCAAUUUCAGAUUGGUUAGGCCAAUUUGAACAGUUGCAACACUUGGACAUCUAUGGCAAUUUGUUCCAUGGCAUAAUUCCAUCGUCUCUUGGAAAUAUUUCUUCCUUGUUCUACUUAGACUUGUCCUACAAUCAAUUGAACGGGGAUCUUCCAGAAACCUUGGGACAACUCCAUAAAUUAUAUCAUUUAGACAUCAGUGGCAAUCCGUGGAUAGGUGUUCUUUCUGAAAUGAAUUUUGCCAAUCUCUCAAAUUUAACAUCAUUGCGCUUAAGCUCAACAAGUUUUGAAUUUGACUUUGAUCCUAAAUGGGUCCCACCAUUUCAACUUGACAUGUUGCAUUUGAGCAACACACGCAUAGGUCCUAAUGUUCCAUCAUGGCUAUACACUCAACGGUCUUUAAGAAGUCUAGAUAUUUCUAGAUCUGGGAUUUCAAAAAUUGAUGCAGAUAUAUUUUGGAGCUUUGUAGUAGGAAUAUAUUUUGUUGAUAUCUCAAACAACUGGAUUAGUGAUGACAUAUCCAACGUCUCACUAUCAGCAAAUAUCUCUCACUUUGAUGCAUCUCACAACUCUUUAUCAGGAUCUAUUUUCUCAUUAGUGUGCCAACUAGAGAGCAACGGAGAGAGCAUGUUGAGUUACUUGGACUUAUCAUAUAAUCAUUUGGGCGGAGCACUUCCCGAUUGCUUGGCCAAUUGGAAACAAUUACGUCACCUUAAUUUAGGGAGUAAUAAGCUGAUAGGUGAAGUUCCUCCCUCAUUGGCUUCAUUGAAUCUUAAUUCGUUGGAUUUGGGUGAUAAUAGUUUCUUUGGAAAAUUUUCGUCAAACAUGCUAAAUUGGACCUAUUUGGAAUACCUCAUUUUAGAGAAAAAUAAAUUUUCUGGAAGUUUGCCAAAUCCAGUGGCGCAAUAUUUGGUAGUUAUUAAAUUGAGGGCCAAUCAAUUUGUGGGCAGUAUUCCAUCAAAAUUAUGCAACCUUUCUCAUUUGACAAUACUUGAUCUGGCUGAAAAUAAGCUUUCAGGAUCCAUACCUCGUUGCCUAUUCAACAUGACACCUCCACUCUCUUUGUACUACAUGCCUAAUGAAAUCUUAAAAAUAUUUAUGAAAGGAAGGGAACUUGACUACCAAUCAUUUUGGCGUCUUAAAUAUUCUACGAGUGGCGUUAUUGAUUUUUCUGCUAAUAGUUUGAUUGGAGAAAUUCCUGAAGAACUAGUUAGUAACAGUCAAAUACAAUCCUUGAAUUUGUCUCGAAACUAUUUGACUGGGAAAAUUCCCAAAAAAAUUGGAGUCAUGAAAUUGGAAUCUCUUGAUCUUAGCUACAACAACCUUUCUGGAAAAAUUCCUUCAACAAUAUCCAAUUUGUCUUUUCUUGAUUAUUUGAACCUCUCAUACAACAAUUUCGUUGGACAAAUUCCAUUGGGAACCCAAAUUCAAACUUUUGAUUCUUGGAGUUUUGUUGGCAAUCCUGAACUUUGUGGAGAUCCUCUUCCAAAUAAGUGCAAUAAUAAAGAAGAAACUCAUGACUCAAAGCUAGCUGAAGGAGAUGAAGAUGACGGCUUUCUAAAGUCAUUGUAUCGUGGUAUGGGGGUUGGAUUUGCAGCAGGUUUUUGGGGAGCUUGUGCUUCUCUCUUCCUCAUCAGAGCAUGGAGAUACAAAUUUUUCCGAUGGUAUGAUCACUUGGCGGAUCAACUUUAUGUUGCUUGGGCCCUCUUCUUCAAAAGCUUCAGCUAA